AUGACGACCGCAUACAAAAAGCUCGUCAAGGAUUGCCGCCUGCUGUUCAUCGAGUACGGCAACAACAAGGUCUGCGUCCUCGUCGCCAGCAUCGGCAGCGCCGUCUACAUCGUGAUUCCGAGCCACGCCACGGCAAUGGAGUACGAAGCGCAGGCUUCCAGCCUCGGUAUCGUCGGCCAGGCAACGGCCGUGCCCGAGAUGGACAAGGUAAUCUUGUGCGACCACGGCCACGGUGGCGGCAUCCCACACAAUCAGCUCGAGAGCUCCAACGGCGCGUCCACCAGCAAGGUCGCGUCGGUCGCGUUCGGCAUGGCAUCGAGCCUUGCUUCUCGCACCACGGGCCCCAAGUUCUAUACAGUGUGCACGUCCAUCACCGAAGACGCGACCGAUGCGUCAUUCGACAAGCUUUCCAAACGGCCGGACGUCAAGGACUACAGCACGCAGAGCUUUACAGCGACACCGACGAGCAACACGGAAGCGUCGCAAAAGCUGCACCAACACAUGAUGAUGAUCGCACCACAGCACUUGGCCUCGGCCGACUUGUCAAAGACGAUGCUGCCGCUUCGACCAAGAUGUCGUGGCACGCGCUAA